AAAAAAGAGUCAAUCUGUCCCAUCAGCAUGACCUGACGCUCCUUAACCCAUACCCAUCCCCUAUCGCCAACUUUCAUUUCGAGAGGAGCGCUUCGUACGGCUUACGGCUACUUUGCUUUUUGGCCGUAGCCAUAUCAUGUAAGACUCUAAACAAAUUUUAUGACUGGCUAUCAACAUGCCACGAUGUUCUCGUUGCUGACCCGCGCAAUUCCGCCACCCAGGUCCUAGCAUUCCGAGAUCGCGCUGCCACUCUUCCUGUUCCCAAUUGCCAAUUUAUUCGCCAUUCAAAGAAGCGGCACGUUCAAUUCAGUGAUACUUCGUUUUCUUGAUCUGUGUGACGUUAUCAAUAGACACAAUGUCAACAACACUGGGCGCCUUCAUCGCCGGCGGCAUUGCCGCCUGUGGCGCCGUAACGGCCACACAUCCCUUCGAGACUGUCAAAAUCCGAAUGCAAUUGCAAGGAGAGUUGAAGGACAAGGGACACCAGCCGCACCAGUACCGAGGCCCUCUGCAGGGCGUGUCUAUCAUUGUACGGAAUGAAGGCGUCAGGGGCAUCUACCGCGGUCUCGGCUGCGCCUACGUUUACCAGGUUCUGCUCAACGGCUGCCGUUUGGGUUUCUACGAGCCGAUGCGCGAAACCCUGACGACGCUUGUCUUCAACGACAGCAAGACCCAGAGUCUGGGUGUCAACAUGGCAUGCGGUGCCGGAUCUGGAAUCAUGGGCGCUGCCGCCGGCAGUCCCUUCUUCCUCGUCAAGACCCGGUUGCAGAGUUACUCCCCCUUCAUGCCCACGGGCACGCAACACAACUACCGCAACGCUUGGAAUGGAAUGGCCUCGAUCUACGGCUCCGAAGGUAUCCGUGGACUCUACCGUGGUGUCGGCGCGGCCAUGAUCAGGACUGGUUUCGGAAGCUCCGUGCAGCUGCCCACUUACUUCUUCGCCAAGCGGAGAUUUGUUCGCCAUCUGGGCAUGGAGGAGGGCCUUCCUCUGCACCUUGCUAGCAGCACCGUCAGCGGCUUCGUUGUUUGCUGCGUGAUGCACCCCCCUGACACUAUCAUGUCUCGCCUUUACAACCAAAACGGAAACCUCUACAAGGGCGUCUUUGACUGCCUCGCCAAAACGGUCCGCACCGAGGGCUUCUUGGCCAUUUACAAGGGUUUCUUGCCUCACCUGGCUAGAAUCCUCCCCCACACUAUCCUGACCCUUACCCUGGCGGAACAGACCAACAAGCUGAUGAGGAAGCUUGAAGACCGCAUCCUGCCAACGGCCGCCCUGCCCAACCCAUAACCGGCCAUCCGAUCUUGUUCUUAUCGUAUCAGCGUUUCUUGCAUGUAUGGAGUUCAAAAAUAAGCUCGGCGGACGAAAUGGAUAUAUCGUAGCCGGUGUUUGGCUCGCCCAGUAUAUUUGGGGGUGUAGGAGGAGAUGAGGCAUUGUGUAGAUCCACGUCCGGCAUUUGAAAGAGGCAC